CUCCCAGUAGGAAGUUUUUCUGACAAUACGCAAUUGCCCGUGAUUGCCAUGGCUUCCCGCCGAAGCUCCAUGGCCAGCAGGAGGCAGGAGCAGGAAGACGGCUGGGGCAGACAACUUAGUCAAUCUCCACAGGCUAUCCAUGGUGGCCAGAACAGACAGGAGCAGUUUCCCCAUGAGCUCAUGCGCAAACUCUUCAAAGAAAAUAAGGUGGAGAUUGCAAGUGCAAUAACAAAUCUAUUUCCUUUCCUUAUGGGCCUCCGAGAUCGCGCCUUCAUCUCUGAGCAGGCGUUUGAGCGUUAUGAAGAAAUGUAUAGAAACCUGGUACCAGUGGAAAGAGUGAUGUACGGUGUUGUCAGUGAACUGGAAACGAAGUUUGACCAUCUGGUCCUGGAAGCGGUGUUCAGCGAGGUUAACCUGGAGAACUAUCGUGGUUUAAAUAAGAUUCACAGCAUUUUCAAAGAUGCGCAUCGUAACAACGUGUCUCACCAAAUAAAUGAUGGAGAAGACAUACAGGAGAGAUCCAACAUCCGACCAAGCUGUAGACAAGGGACCUGUGCCCACAGAGCUCCCCAGAUGACUGAUGAAGUGGAACAAAUGGAGAUGUCCAGAAGACUACCAUCUGAGGGAGAAGAGAGAAGCAAUGAAUGUUUGGAAGUGUGUGAUGAAGAAGAAGCACAGGAAGUUGGGCUCUCACCCCAAAGACCUCAAGCAAAGAGAAGCGAUGAAUGUUUGGAAGUGUGUGAUGAAGGAGAAGCACAGGAAGUUGGGCUCUCACCCCAAAGAGCUGGGGCAGAAAGUGUUCCAGGAGCCGAAGAAGAAAGGACUGAAAGUAGCCAAGCACCUGUUACUGUGGAUACUGGAAACAAGUCUACUUUGGGAAAACAUACAAGGAAAAGAAGUAAGAGUGAAAAAUAAUUUACUUGAU